GGAUAAUUCAUGUUCAGCAGUGCACCGGCAAUCGACCUCUCGGUAGCAGGUAUGUAGGUAAGUAGUUCGGCCUCCCUCUAAAUUCCGUCGGGCGUGCUGAUCUACCAAGUUAGCCACGGUACUCAGACAGGGAGCGAGCGCGGGCCUGUCAUUGUGAUGCAUCAUCGGCCGGACGACGUAUCACAUAUAUUGGCCUCGACAUGAUGUGCUGAGCAGCACCGGUGCCCUGGCAGUGAUACUGUCAGAGUCGCUCUCAUCGCACGACAGAUCGAUUUGCACCCCCAUGUCUGCCAUUGACACUGCGUUGACAGGAUAUGCCAGUUCAUGUUUCGGUAUACGCCCUGAUGACUUCGUUACUCUCGCAGUGCUGCUCUGUUAUGACUGUCUCCUGAAUCUCGAUAGAGAGAUUCCGCUGAUCUGGUCUCGGAGACCGACAAUCACCUCCGUGUUCUAUGUCCUCUGCCGAUAUUCCAUGGUGCUUUACGCAGUCCUAGGCUGUGUAUCGUCUUCAUGUACGGCCGUAUCGAACACUCGGCAUGUCCUUGGUGUCUUUUUCUCUCCCGUCGUAACAGUUUCUGCAUAUGUCAAAGUCUAUGCUGUUAGUAGACGUGACUGGAGGUGGACGUCCAUCGCUGUUAUGCUGGGGCUUGUCUCUCUCGCCACACAUAUCUUUCUCUAUGCGGAAUCCACCUUCAAGAUAGCCACACUUCCCGAUUUCGUAGAGUCUUGCAUCGAAACGAGAGGUAUCUCCGAUGUCGAAUUGAAGAGAUUAAUCAUUGCAACACGCAUAUGCGCCAUCGCGUCCGACUUCACCGUGAUCGCAGCGAUAACAUAUCACACGAGAGGACAAGGGAUCCUCAGUCAAGGCCUGCCUCAGAGCAGACCGUCACUUGUACUCCUCAUACAGAGAGAUGGUGAGUGAGUUCUUCGCUGUCCUCAACGUAUUCGCCGUUGCCCUCUACUUCACAGUAGUAAGCAUCUACGCCCGUCCGUCACUUCAUCAUGCUGACAACAGCCGCCAUAGCCGUACGGCUGGGCCCUGACGAU